GAAGAGUUGAAUUCUCCUCUUUAAUUCUUGAGAAGUCGAUUGAGCGAGGAUAUGUCCUGACCAUUGGGCAGUAGCUAUGUCGGGAGAGAUCUCAGAAAUUGCAGAAGAAGGAGACGAUGAAGAGGCGUCGGUUGAUCAAUAUGAGGCUUUCGUGUGCUACAGAGGAGAGGAUACCGGGCAGGGUCUCGCAAAUGUCCUCCGUGAAUUUAUGGAGAGAGCCGGGAUCCGCUACUUCAGAGACCGUGACGAGCUCGAAUGUGGAGAUAAGAUCGCCAGGAUUAUACCGGCCAUCAAGAACUCGGACAUAUGUGUGCCGAUUUUCUCCAAAACCUUUGCCGCCAAAGCGUGGCCCCUCCGCGAGGUCGAAACAAUGGUGAAGCUGAAGAAAAAUAUCAUGCCGAUCUUUUACCAAGUCACAGCAGAAGAUGUUAAGCUAAAGACCGACUUAUACACGAACCAGCUGAAGGGGCUUGAGAAGCAGUACGGGAAAGCGCAAGUGAAGAAGUGGGAGGCAGCCCUCAGAGCGGUUCCUACUGUCAUAGGACUAGCAGUGGGGAGUACGGGCUUCACGGAGUUUUGCAAGGACUUCGUAGAGAAGGUUUUGGUCAAGCUGAAACCGAGAAAAAGAUUUGAUAUGGCUCCUUUGGUGGGAAUCGAUGGUAAAUUAGGGUCUGCAAUGAAAUUGUUGGACAUCGAAUCUACUGAUGAUGUACGGUAUCUUGGCAUCCAUGGAAUGGGUGGCAUUGGCAAGACAACUCUUGCUAAGUCCAUCUUCGACAGCAUCUCCGAUAGAUUUGAUGGUAGUGCCUUUCUUGAGGACGUGCGAGAGAUGUUAGCACUUCAUGGUAUAGAAUAUUUGCAAGAAAGGCUUAUAAACAGUCUUGACCCCAAGUCAGCAAGACGAUUGGAUUUACAUGAGAAGAUUAAAAGGAGCUUUCGCAAAAGGAAAGUGCUUAUUUUUCUUGAUGAUGUUGAUGAUUGGGAACAAAUCAAGAAACUUGCAGGAAAUUCCACAUGGUUCGGUCCAGGAAGCAGGAUCAUUGUCACAACCAGGAAGGUGGACGAGUUGAAAACUGGAGAUGGGAAACUAAACAAAGACGAUGUUUCGCGUUUGGAGAUGGAGAUACUAGAGUCUAAAGAUGCACUACAUCUUUUCAGUAGAUAUGCGUUUGAGAAAGAAUCUCCUCCUCCUGCUUUUAAAGAACUCUCUAUAGAAGCUGUCUCCACAACUGGUGGACUUCCUCUGGCUAUUACAGUAAUUGGAUCACUUUUUGCCACGUACAAGGAUCCUGAGGUAUGGAAAGAAAUCAUAAAGAGGUCAAAAGAUAUACCUCUGGAAGAGGUGAAGAAAAGGCUGAGGAUAAGUUAUGAUAAGUUAGACACAGAAGCAAAAGAAAUAUUCCUUGACAUAGCAUGUUUCUUUAUUGGCACCAAGAGAACAAAUCCAGUUUACAUGUGGGAUGCAUCUAAAUAUUACCCACUGUUCAGGCUUGAAAUCUUGUGUUCCAUGUCCUUGAUAAAGAUUCUGGAUGACGACCAAAUAUGGAUGCAUGAUCAACUCAGGGACCUUGGAAGGGAUAUCGUCCGUGAGAACUUGAACGAUCCGAACAAGCAUAAGAGAAUCUGGAUUCAUGAGGAAGCAUUGCAAGUUCUGAAGAGCAGAGGGGUAAAUGACAUAAAAUCUUACGAGCACCGUUAUUGUUCUUUACUUCAAUUUUUCUUUUUUUUUUCAGGUAAAAUCGCUCUUUACUUUCAUUUUAGGCAAACACCUCUGCUGCGUAACGGGCAUAUCUUUACUUUUAUGCAGGAGAAGGAAAGCCCUGAAGGACUGCGACUGGAGUCCUACGACCCCUAUGACCCCAUUGAUUUGAGAAUGGAGGGGAUUGGAAGGUUAACAAAAUUGAGAUUUCUCGAUGUGGGAUGGGCAAAACUUCCACGACACUUCCAAGAUUGUGUUCCAAAUUUAAGAUGGCUUUCUUGGCGGCAGCCAUCUCCUUCGGAGAUGUCCAAUUUUGCUUCAACAACUUUAGUCAUUCUUGACUUAUCCUCGAGUUACAUUAGUGAAGAGUGGGGCGGAUGGACACAGUUGCAGAAUGCAAAGAACUUGAAAGUUCUUGACCUUACGGGAGCUGACUGCUUGCAAAGGACACCUAAUUUCCCUGAGGGUAUGACUUUGGAGAGGUUAACUCUUAAGCGCUGCAGAAAUUUGGUUGCCAUUGACAGCUCCAUAGGCAAUCUAAAUUGCCUCAGGUACUUGAACCUUGAACAAUGUGAUUCUCUUUGUGGAUUACCCGAAGAAUUAAAUGGCCUAGUGAAAUUGACCGAGCUGACUGUAACGAAAAAGCACUUCAUGUCUUUCAACUUUCCAUCCGUCGAUAAUCUACUAGAGCUCAAGUGCGUGAAAUUGAAUAAUUUACAACUGGGGAAUUUUCCUGACUCACUGGGCGCACUAAGCUCAAUGGUUGAGUUGGACCUGACUGACACAGACAUUGUUCAAUUGCCUGAUGAGAUUGGAGGACUGGUGGAGCUUGAGAAGCUGUGUUUACGAAGCUGUAAAAAGAUGCAGAAAGUCCCUGAGGCACUUGGGGAAUUGAAAUCAUUAGUUUCUUUGGAUCUCUCGUCUUCGGGACUGGUUGAAUUGCCUUCUACCAUUGGUAAUCUACAAAAAAUUCUGUGCAUACGGUUAUCAGGUUGUGAAGAGAUGAGGACACUUCCCAGUUCACUUGGGGAGUUGAAAUCUCUCGUAGAGUUGGAUUUGAAAGGUACGAGUAUUGCUGAGCUGCCCCAAUCAAUUGGAGGAUUAGAGAAUCUGAAGCUGCUUCUUUUACACAGUUGUAAAGCAAUAAAGGAACUUCCGGAAACAGUUGGAAAGCUAAAGUCAUUGGUCAGGUUAGAUUUAUCGGGGACAGCAAUAACGGCGUUGCCUGACUCUAUCGAAGGCCUACAGAUACUAGAAGAGAUUUAUUUAAAAGACUGCAAAAAGUUGAGAAAAUUACCCGAAUCUUUUGGGGCAUUGAGGAAGCUCGAAAAGUUGGAUGCUCAAUCAGCUGAUCUUUCAGAUGGUCUCCCCAUGAAGAUUUCGGGCCUUUCCUCUUUGAGGUUCUUGAAUCUUUCAGGGUCCAAAGUACGUGAAUUGCCCUCCUCCAUCAGUCAGCUUUCCCAUCUCCAAACCCUCAAACUACAUUGUUGUCGCAAGCUCAAAUAUCAGCCCGAUCUCCCGACCAGUUUGACCCAGCUAAUUGCCAGAUCCAACUCACAGCAUAACUGCCCUCGCCUCUCCUAUCUGACAGGGUUAACAAAUUUGGGAGUGCAGGGCCAUCUCAACAUAGAUGCAAUCGGGAGCUUAUCCAAGCUGGCCAAACUAGAAUUACGACUUAGGACUAUCACCAGCCUACCUGCUGAAUUCGGAACCUUACUUCGGCUCAAGAGACUCAUGUUAGAUUGCCCAAACAUGGAGGAUGUCCCAAAGUUGCCCCCUAAUUUGGAGGAGAUGGUUCUAGAGCGUGCUAGGAGUGAUUUAGAUAUGCCGAAUCUUUCCAGCUUGAAGAAUUUACACACUUUAAGAGUCUGUAAAUGGUCGAAUUUCAGGGCUCUUCAAAGCCACAGAAUAAGGGUCAAAGAGUUGCGGUCGCUAGACAACGCUCUCUUGCUGCCCAUCCGCUCAAAGAUCACAAUUGGACUACAUCUUCCAGAAAGUUUGAGAAAUCUAACUGUAAGGAACUGUCGGGCACUUUUUCGGCUCCCUGACAUCUCAUGCCUGAAGAAUCUACUGAGACUUGAUAUUUCAAAGUGUCCAUGCCUAACCGAGAUUCCAGGCUUUGGGAAAUUGAAACGCCUGAAAUGUCUUGAUAUCUUUCUCUGCGAUUCCUUGAGAACGUUGGAGGAUCCGUCGCAGCUGAAAGAGCUGGAGAACAUCAACUAUCCUAUUAAUCUAGAGCAGCGAUGCAAACAAGCAUUUGAGAGUCGGUCGCAGCUGCAGACAGAGACUGCAAAAGAUGUUGCUCAGACAUUGGAAUCUAUUCUGGUCUCAGGGGAUGGAAAUUUUGUGGUCACCAAUGGAGGAGAAAAUGUCCAGGUUCCUCAUUUACUGGGCAAGAACAUCCUCCUCUACAUCUCUGCUCUUCAGAACCCUGCUUCGCAUCCUUUGUUUCCAAAGGUUGCCAAAGCAUACCACGAGAUCAAGGCAAGAGAUGAGGCCUUCGAAGUAAUAUUCAUCCCUUCCGAGCACGACCGAGUUGCCUUCAAGGAUUUGGAGGUGCCGUGGCUGGCUCUUCCUUCUGGUGACCCCAGGAUCUUAUCAUUGCAUAGGAAACUUGAGAUCCAGGAUAUGCCAGAGCUGGUAGCUCUAGGGCCAACUGGUGAAAUUAUCACCAAAAAAGGCAGAAGCCUUAUAGAAACUUAUGGGAGCGACGCUUAUCCCUUCACAAAUGAGCAUAUUGAGGAUAUGGUGAAUGGUUGGCCAGAGAAGUUGCCACACGCCCUGUGUGGCCAUGAGCUUCAACUCACCUACCGAGUCUCCUACAGAUGUGAUGGCUGUGAGCAAAUUGGAUCUGUAUGGUCAUACUUCUGUAAGAAGUGCAAUUUUGAUCUGCAUCCUUCUUGUGCUUUCAAAGAAGGGAAAUUAGGAAACCAGCAAGAGGACUCGGAGAAUAAUAAAAGUCCAAGGGGCAACCACAAUUUAUUCAGCGAGAUCAAAAGGGGUGUGAAGAUUGAAGCUGGAAGCUCAAGCUCAUCAAUCGAUCGGGCACAAGCUGAUUAUCCAGAAGUUCAAGCAUUUACGACGGAAAGGGUUAUUACAUCUAAUAGAAAUGGUCCUCCCCUUCAUAUUAGAUGCACUGUCAAGAAGAAUGAAGAUGGAAGCACCAGCUCAUCAGCCGAUCAAUCAGAUACAUCAGGAAUUGAAUCGUGUGAGGAGAUUUGUGAGGAAACUGUGGACGCUGUCCCUCUAACGACAUCCCCUGCUACUCCAUCACACUCUCAUGGAUACUGCAGGACUGAAACUGACCCUGCAGCACAUGCGGCUGCCACCAAGGAGACUGAGGAAGAUGAUGCUCAGCCCAACAUGGUUGAGCCUGAGGCUGGGGACAGAAUGGCCAGUAAAAGGGAAAGAAAUGAUUUGGUUGAAGAAGAAGGAGAUGAUGAUGAAGGAGAUGAGGGGAAGGAAGAAGGGGAAUGGAUGGAAGUACACGAAGAAGAAGAAGAGAAGGAUGAGGAAGAAAGAAAGGAGAAGAAGAAGAAGAAGAAGAGAAAGAGGAAGAAGGAUGAGGAAGAAAGAGAGAAAGGAGAAGAAGAAGAAGAAGAGAAAGAGGAAGAACCAGAGGAAGAGAACGAAGAAGCAAAUGAAAGGACUUUUCUUGAUCUGCAAGUGAAUGAUUCGCAUGCUGCUGUUGCUGCCAGUUCUGAGCCUGUGGCCACUGACUAUGGAUCAAACCCCCAGCCUGCUUCUCAAACUGCUGGAUCAUCAUCAUCUUCACCACAAGAGGUCACAGCAUUCUCCCCUCCUCCCCACACAGCGAGCCUGCUGGCCCAGCUCAAGCAGCUAACUUCUCCGUUUGGGGCCAAGGAGACUUCAUUAGCACAAGAGGUCCCCACUGUGACCGCUGUUGAGAAGGCAAAGAGAGAGCCGCUCCAGGUUUUCCAACGGCCGUUGACUGGCCUUAGCCAGGCUGGUCUGUCAUUGAUUGGUCAGGCUGCUGACGUCCUGCUAAAAGUGACUGGUCGAUCUGUCCACCUCCGAGUCGAACUACAACAGUUGCAACAGACUGCUACUUCGAUCUGGGAGGCUUACAAGCAGGACUCUCUUCCUCUGAGGCAGCCUACUCAUUUCAUACAAGAGCCGGAGGCGGCCCAGAAAUUGGCCUUGGCCAGAAGGGACAAAUUGCAAGAAACUGAGUCCAAGAAAGCGGCCAAAGCUGAGGAGAUCGAGGUGCUGAAGGCUAAACUAGCCACUGCUGAAGCAGAGUUCCAACGUCUCCAAAAAGAAGAGGAAGCAGCAAUCCAUUUUGCUGGGAGUCCACGUCGCCGGUCUGGAGGCCCACCUCAAAGUGGCUUCUCAUCAGAAGGACUGGAAGGACCUGCUGGAGAUGAUAAAGAGCCUUUGAUUGGAGGUCCAUGUGUUGGCCAGCAGAACAAUUUUGAAGGCCUACUUUUAGUUGGCAGCCAAGUAGGGGCCUGUAUAGUAGCCCAAAAAAAAAAAAAAGAAAUAAAUAGUGGCCCUGUCUUUUGAAUGUGAUUUUCUCUUAUUUCCUGAGACAUUGCAGUGGCCACCUGGCCUGCUACCCUUUCUAUACUUGGCUUGGCUUGGCUUGGCUUGGCUUGGCCUGGCCGUUAUCCGACCUGACUUGAUGAAGCUUUUGUCCCUUCCAUCUUUCUGUAGCUCCUUUUUCCUCAUU